UCCCAUUUUUGUACUUUUUGCGAUGAAGUAGAAAUUCGUAAAAUAGACCAAUCUAUUAAAAAUAUUAUUAAAUCUAUUAAACUUAUUAUUGAAUUGAUCAAAUUAAUAUUUGCAACAAUCUUAUAUUUGGCUAUUUUAAUUUUAUUAUUACCAUUUAUACCAUUUAUAAUUAUACUUAUGAUUAUUUGUUUAAUUAUGGGUCGAGGAGAAAUGAUUCCUUUUUUGCUGCUUGCAAUUCCUUUCUACAUUGUUACUAAACAACGCAAGCAACAAAUUGUUCUUAUCAUACCCUAUAUAGAUUAUUCUCGUUAUCCUUUAGAAUAUAGUUUCUGGAAGGAAAUAUUUUAUCCUCAAUCAAGUGUUUUUGUUAAUACUUGUAAAAAAGAAUUUUAUUCAAAUUGGAAUGGCGAAGCAAUUAUUAAUUUUAAAUGGAAAGCAUUUGGAAGGAUAUAUUAUUUUGUUAUUUGGUCAAUAUUUAUGGUUUUUCUUGUGUGUUUCACAAUUGCUUCUUAUCCUACAAAUUCUAUAACUCAAAAAGUUCGUAUCAGUCUCUAUCAAACUUCAAUUGCUUUUGGAUUUUUUCAUCUUAUAUUUGAAUAAAGACAAUUUAUCUGGAAUCCAAGAAAAUAUUUUACAAGUAUUUGGAAUUUAUUUGAUUUAA